AUGAGUGGUAAGAUCGAGUAUCUGGAAAAGUAUUCGAUAGCACCUUCGCCCAGCAGAGAUUAUUAUGGGCUGAGAGUACUCGGUGACCAGGUGAUACUUUAUCUCUGGAGAAUCUCCCACGGUCCCCAUAAGCUGCCAAUCGUACGAACCACCAGUUUGGACAAUUUCACACAGGAUAAACCGUUACAGGACGAAAUUCGACGUAUUUUUGGUAAAUAUUUGUUGAGACACAUAAGACAGAUCGCUUCGGGUCGAAGAAAUACGUUACUAGCAUUGCCAAAGUGCUUAAUUAAAAGAUUGAUUAGAUACCUGGCGGUGCAGGACAUCGUAAAAUUAUCAUCAUUAUCACACGUCGCUAAAGAGAUCUUCGAUGAUAAUUUCGUGUGGGAAACCUUGUAUAAGAAAUACAAGCCUCUGACGAAAAGACAGAACGAAAGAUUGGAUUUCAUUUCGUACGACUGGAAGCGAUUGUUUCAGCAGGCACAGAUGCAGGGAUUAAUAAAGGUACCUCGAGCUCGUCCUGUGACGAAGCAAACAAAACCCAAUCCAAAACUAGAAGACUUUACAAAAACUUCUAAUUUCGCUUCAAGAACCAUAUCAAAACCUAUUCCAUUCGAAAAUCAAUCGUCCAAGAAACCAGUAAAGAAUGUUCAAAAAAAGAUCAUUCAGAAUCCAAUUCCUAGAAAAUCGUCCGAUAUUCGUCUCGACGAAUCCAUGAUGGAUAAAGAAAGAGAGAAGUUUCAAAUCACAGAAAAGCAAGCUUCCACUAUUCGAUCUCUUCAAAUGUCAGCGCAAAAGAACACGAAGACACUGAAACAAAAGUCAACUAUUACAAGGAUCGAAUCGAAGCACGAAAUGAAGGAUUCUCUCCGAGAUAAACCGAGCGAAACGAAAUUAAAUAAAACACAAAACAAAGCUCGGAAAAUUGACGCAAAGGCCAGUAAUAUCAGCCUGAAGGCGUUGGAAGAAAGAGAAGGGAAUUUGUCAAAAUCGAAAAGCAACAAUUCAAGGACUACUAAAAAUGAAAGAGCUGUGUCUAGAACGAUUCAAGAGGAUCAAAGUAAAACUAGAACGAAGGGCAAGGGAAAGAAGAUUGGUCAAAGUAAAUCAACCAUUUUCAACACAGCCACGGCUCUUCUGGAUGAUCCAGGAAUACGAUCGACCGUGAAAAACGAUUGCUUGGAUUUAGCUGAUUUAAUAGAGGCUAGUCUGAAGAAUAUGCGCAGUCCACGGAGUAUAUUAGAUUGCAAUUUUGAGAAAUCGAAAUUCUGUGCCGGAGAUUCAAAUGAAAAAAUAACCGAAAAUUCUAGGGGAUUAUUGAAAAAUGGUCGAGCAAAUGUGACUCUAGAUCGUUUAUCCGAAAAAUCUGAACCUCUCACCGCUAAAUCGGUGGAUUCUGUUAAAAAUGAUGCAUCAGCCAGAUCUGUCUCGUCGAAGUAUAAGACGAAGAAUAAAAAUGAAUUCAAUGGUACGAUGGAAUUCGAUGCUUAUUUUGAAAGAUAUUAUAAUAAACACGUCGUGCCACAUAAUACACGAGAGAGUGAAGAGAAUAAACGCUCUAUUCUACGGAAAACUGUGGAUAAAAUGAGCGUGUUACGUUCUUUGGGAACGAAGAAUUCGUACCCUAAGAAGAUUGGAGUUGACUCUGUUCCUCAGGCGAAUAGAUAUGAAUUGAAAAAGGCAGUAGGCAAUUUUUUUAAGUAAAAUACGGUUUUGAGAUUAUAGAGUAUGUGCAUAUG